AUGCAUAUUUUCGAAGACCAACCGGCAGCCACGAUGAUGCACCACAAGUUGACUUCGAAGAAAAUGGACUACUCUCACUGCCCGCUCAAGAAACGUCCCGUGCACUUUGUCAAAUACGAGUACAUCAAAGAAGAGAUGGAUUUCGACAACACGGACGAAUGUUUGGAACCGGAAAACCUGAGCACUAAACCGCAAGAUCUGAGCGUGAAAUGCAAAUCGGAAUCGGUCGCGUCGGUGGAGGUGAAAAGAGAACCGCCGCCACCGUACGGACAACACGAAAACGCCGUGGCGCCCGUGUCGUCGUACUACAUCCAAAACUUACAACAACAACAACAACAACAACAACAACAACAACAGCAACAGCAACAACAUCAGCAACAGCUGCAGCACCAGCACCAGCAGCAGCAGCAACUGCGGCAGCAAGAACAACAAGAACAACACAACCGCCAACAGCAUCACCGCCAACAGCAGCAACCGCUACAGCCGACGGCCGUCAAGGCGGGUCCGCUGGAACCGCUGUGCCUGAACAUCGCGGGCGACCACCACCCGGCCACCGCGCAGGCCGCGGUCGCGGCGUACCAUCACCACCACAACCGGCAUCACUACGUGCAAGCCAUAACGCCGAGGCCCGUGCCCGCCCAGUACCCGAGCACCGGUUACCUGUCCGGUUACAUGUACCAGCACGGCGGCAGCACGAUGUUGGUGGCGGACAGGGCGUACCCCGCCGUGCCCGCGGCGGUCCCGUACCCGCCGGCCCUGAUGACGGUCGCCAGAGACGCGUCCCUAUCGCCGCCCGGCAACUCGGCCCGCACCGGUUCCGCUUUCAAGCCGCUCGUGCAGCUCACGUCGCCCGCCGCCGGCGUGACGCCGAUCCGCAGCCCGCCGGCCGCCUUGCCGAUCAACUGGUACGGACGGACCGCGGUCGGCGGUUGGUCGCCGUCGUCGGCCGACGCGGUCGACUCGUCGCCGCCACUGCCGCCGCCGUCGUCGUCGGCCUCGUCGGCGUCGGCCGCAUCGCCGGGCUACGGGCCGCCGUCGCACCAUCAACGCCUGCAGCAACAGACGCCGGCGCCGCAGCAGCAACAGUACCAACUGCAGCAGUAUUCGGGCGAGAGCGACGGCACCACCGCGUCGUCUUCGGCCGGAGCGGGAGGCGGCGCCAAGCGCAAGUCCAACGUCGCCGCCGCCGCCGUCACCGUCACCGCGGCCCCGGGCCGGUACAAGUGCGCCACGUGCUCGAAGACGUACUCGACCCUGUCCGGGCUGACCAAGCACCAGCAGUACCACUGCACGGACGACGAGACGCAGUGCGCCGCGGCCGCCAAGACGUUCCACUGCAAGUACUGCGACAAGGCGUACAACACGCUCGGCGCGCUCAAGAUGCACAUCCGCACACACACGCUGCCGUGCAUCUGCAAGCUGUGCGGCAAGGCGUUCAGCCGGCCGUGGCUGUUGCAGGGACACAUCCGCACCCACACCGGCGAGAAGCCGUUCUCGUGCCAGCACUGCAACCGGGCGUUCGCCGACAGGUCCAACUUGCGCGCCCACCUGCAGACCCACUCGGACGUCAAGAAGUACUCGUGCACCACGUGCAGCAAGACGUUCAGCCGCAUGUCGCUGCUCACCAAGCACUGCGACACCGGGUGUCCGAGGCUGUUGCCCCACCACCAGCAACAGCAACAGCAACAGCAACAGACGGUUUAGAUGACUGCAACCGUUGCGCCACUACCUAUAUAUAUAUAUAUAUAGCCGCUGCGCAGCUGUACCGCCAUUAUUGCGUAUAUUAUAUGUUAAAUUAUUAUUAAACAUAUUAUUUAUA